AGUCACUGCCCUGACGACGGCGGCUGCGGCGGCGGCGGCGGCGGUUGACCAUUGGGGGUUGGGAGGAGCACAGCCAAGGCUGCUGGGGCAGCUGGAACUGGCAGUUGCCGGGGGCCAAGAGGAGGAUCUGGAACCCGGAGCGUGCUCCGGGCCGGGCGGAGGAAGCGGCUGCAGUUGGAGUCUGGGGAGCGCUGGCGGCGGCGGCGGCUUCUCAGCGAAGCAAGUGUCUGAAGCUGAGAGUCUUCGGCGGCGGCGGCGGCGGCGGCGGCGGUGGAAGCGAGUUACUGGUGGGAAUUAUUGAUUACCUGGACAUCUUAAACCGAGAAGCCUGUGAACAGGCUCAUUAAGAAUCUAUCUUGAAAAAUGCAUUUUAUGAAUGCUUUGAAUUAAGGAGGUGUUAACAGUGGUUUGCCAUUUUUGCCACAUAAGAGACAGUAAUCUGAAACAGUUCCCUCCCUGGCAGUUGCCCAUAUACUUAAAACUGGCAGGAUCUAGUACUUUGAGUGACUAUCCUUCAACAAGGAGUAGAGCACUAACAAUCUACUGUAUAAAUGUAAUCUCUUUGGUAGCAUUUACUAUAAUGGACACCUUUUCUGCAUCUAAUUUUCAGAUACAGACUUAACGCUUGCGAUCUGGAAAAGCAUUUUGUACAAGUUGAAAGACUGGGCUUUCUCUUCAGUUUUACAGAUGUAUUGUCUCAUCUGCAUACUUGAAACAUCCACAAUCACAUAAACUCCAGAUGUAACCAUGGAGUUUUGCGACCCAUCAAGAUAUAGGAAAAGUGUUGGCCAAGGUUUGGAACCAGGCAGUUUUCCAUCAGUUCAACAAUUCAUAUAAACUAAUAUAUUCUCUGCUGAUGAUCAGGAAUAAAGAGCCAAAUAAAGUCAUGCACAUUCUGUUGGCAGAUGGACUAUGUGGCUGUUGAAUUUUACUGUAACUGGUUACUCUGUCAUUCAAAGUCAACUUAAUAUGCAAGUUACGUCCUAAUGGAUGUAAAGACCUGUGUUGAUGUACCCAGAUUCUAGCAAAUGUUGAUGCUAAGAAACCUAUUAUGACUAAUCCUUGGGAAGAGAAAGUCUGCAAAAUGGCUCAAACGAGUUUACUGCAGGGGAAGCAGUUUUACUGUAGGGAGUGGGUUUUCCACAAGCUUCAGCAUUGCCUCCAGGAGAAAACUAACUGCUGCAACAGUGCUGUCAACACACCACCCCUUGUAGUGAAUUCUGGGAAUAAUGCUAGUGUUGUCUCUGGAAAAGGAGCUGCCUGGGGUGUGUUAUUGGUAGGAGGGCCUGGCAGUGGCAAGACAGCCUUAUGCACUGAGCUCUUGUGGCCAAGUUCACCUACAAGCUUGCAGAGAGGUUUACAUCGCCAGGCUUUGGCCUUUCAUUUCUGUAAAGCCCAGGACUCUGACACUUUGUGUGUUGGAGGGUUUAUUAGAGGUCUGGUUGCCCAGAUCUGCCGCAGUGGACUUCUCCAAGGAUAUGAGGACAAGCUAAGGGAUCCAGCAGUUCAAAGCCUCCUACAGCCCGGGGAAUGUGAGAGAAACCCAGCUGAAGCAUUUAAAAGGUGUGUCCUGCUCCCUCUUUUGGGAAUGAAGCCUCCCCAGCAAAGCCUCUAUCUGCUUGUGGAUUCUGUGGAUGAAGGGUGUAAUGUUACCGAAGGUGAACAGACGUCUACCAGCUUAUCUGGGACUGUGGCAGAGCUUUUAGCUGGUCACCACGAGUUCUUUCCACCAUGGCUAUUACUUCUCUGUUCUGCCCGAAAACAGAGCAAAGCUGUUACUAAAAUGUUUACUGGUUUUCGAAAAAUAAGUUUAGAUGACCUUCGGAAGGCAUAUAUCGUUAAGGAUGUUCAGCAAUACAUUCUUCAUCGCUUAGAUCAAGAAGAAGCUUUGCGACAACACCUCACAAAAGAAACUGCCGAGAUGUUAAAUCAACUGCACAUUAAGAGCAGUGGAUGCUUUCUUUAUCUAGAACGAGUUCUUGAUGGAGUUGUAGAAAAUUUUAUUAUGUUAAGAGAGAUUCGUGACAUCCCAGGAACUCUAAAUGGUCUGUAUCUCUGGCUGUGUCAGAGACUUUUUGUAAGAAAACAGUUUGCAAAGGUUCAGCCUAUUUUGAAUGUGAUUCUUGCAGCCUGCCGACCUCUGACCAUAACGGAAUUAUAUCAUGCAGUAUGGACCAAAAGUAUGUCAUUAAGCUUGGAAGACUUUCAGCGCAAGUUAGAUGUCCUCUCCAAACUUCUUGUUGAUGGACUAGGAGAUACUAAGAUACUGUUUCACUAUAGUUUUGCAGAGUGGCUUCUGGAUGUGAAACACUGCACUCAGAAGUAUUUAUGUAAUGCAGCAGAAGGACACCGAAUGUUGGCUAUGAGUUAUACCUGUCAAGCCAAGAAUUUAACACCAUUGGAAGCACAAGAAUUUGCAUUGCACUUAAUUAAUUCAAACUUACAGUUAGAGACAGCUGAGUUAGCUCUGUGGAUGAUAUGGAAUGGUACACCUGUCAGAGACUCCCUGUCUACCCUAAUACCCAAGGAGCAAGAAGUGCUACAGCUGUUGGUGAAAGCUGGUGCUCAUGUCAACAGUGAAGAUGAUCGCACAUCAUGCAUAGUCCGACAAGCCUUAGAAAGAGAGGAUUCCAUUCGGACAUUAUUAGAUAAUGGAGCAUCAGUAAAUCAGUGUGAUUCAAAUGGGAGAACAUUACUGGCUAAUGCUGCUUACAGUGGCAACCUUGAUGUAGUGAAUUUACUCGUCUCUAGGGGAGCAGAUUUAGAGAUAGAAGAUGCUCAUGGGCACACACCACUUACCCUAGCUGCUAGACAAGGACAUACCAAGGUGGUUAAUUGUUUGAUUGGUUGUGGAGCAAAUAUUAAUCAUACUGAUCAGGAUGGCUGGACAGCAUUAAGAUCCGCUGCUUGGGGUGGUCAUACGGAGGUCGUUUCUGCACUACUAUAUGCUGGCGUCAAAGUGGAUUGUGCAGAUGCUGAUAGCCGAACAGCUUUGAGAGCAGCAGCCUGGGGAGGACAUGAGGAUAUUGUACUUAACUUGCUACAACAUGGUGCUGAAGUCAACAAAGCUGAUAAUGAAGGUCGAACUGCUUUGAUAGCAGCAGCCUACAUGGGACAUAGAGAGAUUGUGGAACACCUACUGGACCACGGAGCAGAAGUGAAUCAUGAGGAUGUCGAUGGCAGGACUGCACUCUCUGUGGCUGCACUUUGUGUUCCUGCAAGUAAAGGACAUGCAUCGGUUGUUAGCCUUUUAAUCGAUCGAGGUGCUGAAGUGGAUCAUUGUGAUAAAGAUGGCAUGACUCCACUGCUGGUGGCUGCCUAUGAAGGACACGUCGAUGUGGUUGACUUGCUUCUAGAGGGGGGAGCAGAUGUCGACCACACAGAUAACAAUGGUCGUACACCCUUGUUAGCAGCAGCUUCUAUGGGUCAUGCUUCGGUUGUAAACACACUUCUGUUUUGGGGUGCAGCUGUGGACAGCAUUGACAGUGAAGGGAGGACAGUCCUCAGCAUAGCUUCAGCCCAAGGAAAUGUUGAAGUUGUACGUACGCUACUGGAUAGGGGGUUAGAUGAAAAUCACAGGGAUGAUGCUGGAUGGACACCUUUGCACAUGGCAGCUUUUGAAGGCCACAGAUUAAUAUGUGAAGCACUUAUUGAACAAGGUGCUAGAACAAAUGAAAUCGAUAAUGAUGGGCGGAUACCUUUCAUAUUAGCUUCGCAAGAGGGUCAUUAUGAUUGUGUUCAAGUAUUAUUGGAAAACAAAUCCAACAUUGAUCACAGAGGUUAUGAUGGAAGAAAUGCACUGCGGGUUGCUGCAUUAGAAGGACACAGGGACAUUGUUGAAUUACUUUUUAGCCACGGAGCUGAUGUGAACUACAAAGAUGCUGAUGGUAGGCCUACACUUUAUAUUUUGGCCUUAGAAAACCAACUUACAAUGGCUGAAUAUUUUUUAGAAAAUGGUGCAAAUGUAGAAGCAGGUGAUGCUGAAGGAAGGACAGCACUUCAUGUUUCCUGCUGGCAAGGCCAUUUGGAAAUGGUGCAGGUUCUGAUCACCUACCAUGCUGACGUCAACGCUGCAGACAAUGAAAAGCGCUCUGCUCUGCAGUCUGCAGCCUGGCAGGGCCAUGUAAAAGUGGUGCAGCUUCUGAUCGAGCAUGGCGCCAUGGUGGACCAUACCUGUAAUCAAGGUGCAACUGCGCUCUGCAUUGCGGCCCAGGAAGGGCACAUUGAUGUUGUGCAGGUUUUAUUAGAGCAUGGUGCUGAUCCAAACCAUGCUGAUCAAUUUGGACGCACUGCUAUGCGUGUUGCAGCCAAAAAUGGACAUUCUCAAAUAAUUAAGUUAUUAGAAAAAUAUGGUGCAUCCAGUUUGAAUGGCUGUUCUCCAUCCCCUGUCCACACAAUGGAGCAAAAGCCUCUACAGUCAGUGUCUUCAAAAAUGCAGUCAUUAACAAUUAAAUCAAAUAGCUCUGGCAGUACGGGUGGAGGGGACGUGCAGCCUUCACUGCGCGGGUUACCGAACGGGCCAGCUCACGCAUUCAGUUCUCCUUCAGAAUCGCCGGACUCGACAGUUGAUCGGCAGAAGUCGUCAUUGUCAAAUAAUUCCCUGAAAAGCUCAAAAAAUUCAUCUUUGAGAACUACUUCAUCUACAGCAACGGCUCAAACGGUGCCAAUUGACAGCUUUCACAGCUUGUCAUUUACAGAACAAAUUCAGCAGCAUUCGUUGCCGCGCAGUAGAAGUCGACAGUCAAUUGUUUCCCCAUCUUCCACAACACAGUCCUUGGGACAGAGCCAUCAUUCACCGAGCAGUGAGUUUGAGUGGAGUCAAGUAAAGCCCAGUUUGAAGUCAACUAAAACAAAUAAAGGGGGGAAAUCAGAAAAUGCCAACAAAUCUGGGUCAGCUGGGAAAAAAGCUAAACAAAAUAAUUCUUCACAGCCAAAGGUUCUAGAAUAUGAAAUGACUCAGUUUGAUAAAAGAGGACCUACAGCCAAAUCUGGGACUAGUGCACCAUCUAAACAGAUGCCAGCAGAAUCGCAGUGCAAAAUUAUACCUUCAGCUCAGCAAGAAAUCGGUCGAUCACAACAGCAGUUUCUUAUUCACCAACAAAGUGGGGAACAGAAGAAGAGAAACGGAAUAAUGACAAAUCCAAAUUAUCAUCUUCAGAGCAACCAGGUUUUUCUUGGUAGGGUUUCAGUCCCACGAACAGUACAGGAUAGAGGGCAUCAGGAAGUGCUGGAAGGAUAUCCUUCCUCGGAGACGGAAUUAAGCCUUAAACAAGCCCUGAAGCUUCAGAUUGAGGGUUCUGACCCAAGCUUCAACUAUAAAAAGGAAACACCAUUAUAAAAGUUUCCUAUUCUGUGAAACAGAAGACAUUGUGAUUGGAGUGAUUCUUCAGCUACUGGAUGAAAACAUAAAAUGCCUGUUGAUUUGCUGAAAAAAAAAAAAAAAAAAUGAAGAAUGUGAUAUCUGCAGUACAGUUACCUUGAAUACUGUAACGUGCCUAAAUAGUAAGGCUGCCUUCUCAGUGUAACCCUCUGUACUUAAAAAAUUUCAUUUUGUGUGCUUUGUAUUAACUACCCAAGAGUAAGCACUUUUUUUUUUUUAAAUGCAGAUACAUACUGCAGUUCCUUGAUAAAAGCUGAAAAAGAUUUUGAGUAAAGUAUUUUAAGUUAAGAUUUGAUAAAUGUGCAUGUGCCAUGAUCAAAUAUAUAUGAAAAGGCAGUGUUCUUUGUAUUUAUUUUUUUCUUUCUGUUGCAAACAAAACUUAAGCAUACUGUUUCAGUUGUAUUUGCCUUGUUGUAGUGUAUGGCUUGUUUCCUGUAUCCUUAAAAAUGUCACUCAAUAAAAUAAAUCAUACAACUAUUUUACGUUCACUACACCUUCAGCACUGUUUAAAAAUGUGUUUCUAUUUAAUGCCACAUCGAGGUGAAAAAAGUUUCAUGAAAGAUUUUUAAAAUGUCUAGUAUUUUAGGGAUCUGCUCUAAGUAGUUUAUAUUUGGAUUUCCCAGUAGAAUCCUCCUAAUCUUCGGCUAGAAGUG